CCGCCUCUCAGUCUCAUAAACAGCCACUUUCUUCCCUCUCCCUAAAACCUCAGCCCUUUCGCCGCUUUCAUAAGAUAUCAUAUCUGCUCGCUUCUGUUUAUGCCUAUGUGCUUCUUGUUUUAGUUUCUAAUUCACCAUUAGCUGAACAGCUGCGAUUGAAUUCAAGCUUUGUUCUUGGAUUGGGAAAUAAAAGGGGUAGAUAUGGCGGGGAAGUCGAAUAGAGGGAGGAACAGGAAGGGUUCAAAUACCACAACAAAUAGUUCUUCAGAGUCAGCUGUGACAGCCAGUGCUCCUGUCAAAGAUAACUUAAUUGCUUCAGAGACUGCUAAAGCUGAUGCUAAUGGAGUACCAGCUGUUAUCGAAUCGACUAAUGCCAUACCGCCAGGCGGGAGUGAAUCUGAAACAACUACUUCAGCUAAUGAACCAAAGCAGGGUGAGCUUCAUCUUUAUCCUGUCUCUGUCAAAACGCAGAGUAGCGAGAAGCUUGAGCUACAAUUAAACCCUGGAGAUUCAGUCAUGGAUAUAAGACAAUUCCUUCUUGAUGCUCCUGAGACUUGUUUUUUCACAUGCUAUGACUUGGUGCUGCGCACAAAAGAUGGUUCAACUCAUCAGCUUGAAGAUUAUAAUGAAAUCUCUGAAGUAGCUGACAUUACUACUGGUGGUUGCUCGUUGGAGAUGGUUGCUGCUCCUUAUGAUGAUAGAUCAGUCAGGGCUCAUGUUCACCGCACAAGAGAAUUGCUUUCACUUUCCACACUCCAUUCAUCACUAUCAACGUCACUUGCAUUAGAGUAUGAGACAGCACAGACCAAGGGCCCAGAAACUGUGAAAACUGAGGUCCCUGAGCUUGAUGGACUGGGUUUUAUGGAUGAUGUUGCUGGCUCACUUGGUAAGCUGUUAUCAUCUCCAUCAAAAGAAAUAAAGUGUGUGGAGAGUAUUGUGUUCUCAUCCUUCAAUCCUCCCCCAAGCUAUAGAAGGCUUGUUGGAGAUUUAAUAUAUUUGGACGUGGUGACAUUGGAAGGUACCAAAUAUUGUAUUACUGGAACCACAAAGACAUUUUAUGUUAAUUCAAGUACAGGCAAUGCUCUUGACCCAAAGCCUAGCAAGUCUACUUCUGAGGCAACAACCCUUAUUGGACUCCUGCAAAAAAUUAGCUCGAAGUUCAAAAAAGCUUUUCGUGAAAUUUUGGAGAGGAAGGCCUCUGCACAUCCUUUUGAGAAUGUUCAAUCGCUUCUGCCACCAAAUUCAUGGCUAGGAUUACACCCAAUUCCUGAUCAUAGGCGUGAUGCAGCCAGAGCAGAGGAUGCACUGACUCUUUCAUAUGGUAGUGAGCUGAUUGGCAUGCAGAGGGAUUGGAAUGAGGAGUUGCAAUCUUGUCGAGAGUUUCCCCAUACAACUCCUCAAGAAAGGAUCUUGCGGGAUAGGGCUCUCUACAAAGUGACUUCUGAUUUUGUUGAUGCAGCGAUUAGUGGUGCUAUUGGAGUCAUCAGCAGAUGUAUCCCCCCUAUAAAUCCAACCGAUCCAGAGUGCUUUCAUAUGUAUGUUCACAACAAUAUUUUCUUUAGUUUCGCUGUGGAUGCGGACCUUGAACAGCUAUCCAAGAAACAUACGGCAGAUACUAAUUCGAAGACUCUGAAUGUUGCUGUUUCCCCCAAUACAUCUGAAAAGGUCUCAAAUGAUUUCUCACAUGGUGAUGGUGGAAUUUCCAAUGGGGAUUGUGAUGUAUCAACUGCAGGAGAAAGCAAUGGUGUUAUGGAAUCAACUCCUUCUGAGAGCCAGUUGGCUGAGAGUGAGCAGGCUACAUAUGCUUCUGCAAACAAUGAUCUGAAAGGCACUAAGGCCUACCAGGAAGCUGAUGUCCCUGGGCUGUAUAAUCUUGCCAUGGCUAUAAUUGACUACAGGGGUCAUAGAGUGGUAGCACAGAGUGUUUUACCUGGCAUUCUUCAAGGGGAUAAAUCAGAUUCACUUCUCUAUGGUUCUGUUGACAACGGAAAGAAAAUAUGCUGGAAUGAAGAUUUUCAUUCGAAGGUGCUGGAAGCUGCCAAGCGCCUCCAUCUCAAGGAACAUACUGUUGUAGAUGGAUCUGGGAAUGCUUUCAAAUUAGCUGCGCCAGUAGAAUGCAAGGGCAUUGUUGGUAGUGAUGACAGGCAUUAUCUUCUGGACUUGAUGCGAGUAACUCCUCGUGAUGCAAACUACAGUGGACUGGGAUCCCGAUUUUGUAUUUUGAGGCCAGAACUAAUUGCUGCUUUUUGCCAGGCUGAAGCUGCAAAGAAUUCAAAGACUCUGCCUAAAUCUGAGGGAGAGGCUCAUGCAACCCCAGAUUCUUCAGAAGUUGCUGGCAUUGAAGAACAGGCGAAACCUGAGGCCAAUUUCCCUGUUGCUUCUACUGAAACUCAGGAGAUAGUCCAAGAAGGAAAGGUUGAGACUGUUGAGGAAUGUGCUUCUGCUCCUUCUGUGGGCUCUGAAUCAUAUGAUGAAAUACUUUUUAACCCUAAUGUUUUUACUGAGUUUAAGCUAGCUGGGAAUCCAGAGGAGAUAGAAAAUGAUGAAGAAAAUGUUAGGAAAGCUAGCUCAUAUCUAGCAGCCACCGUUCUUCCAAAGUUCAUCCAGGAUCUUUGCACACUUGAAGUGUCACCCAUGGAUGGCCAGACACUAACUGAAGCACUGCAUGCUCAUGGAAUUAAUGUGCGAUACAUUGGAAGGGUUGCUGAAGGGACAAAGCACUUGCCUCAUUUAUGGGAUCUUUGUUCUAAUGAGAUUGUAGUCAGAUCUGCUAAACACAUCUUCAAGGAUGUAUUGAGAGAUACAGAAGAUCAGGAUCUUGGGCCAGUGAUCUCACAUUUUUUCAACUGUUUCUUUGGGAAUUGUCAAGCUGUUGGAGCAAAAGGUGGUUCCAAUGGUUCACAGCCAAGAACACAAAAGAAAGACCAAUCUGGCCAUCACUCUUCAGGAAAAUCUUCUAGGGGCCAAACAAGAUGGAAAGGAGCAUCUGCAAGAAAGAAUCAAUCCUCAUCUAUGAAUGUUAGCUCAGAGACUGUAUGGUCUGAGAUUCAGGAAUUUGCAAAACUCAAAUAUCAGUUCGAGUUGCUAGAGGAUGCAAGGGCACGGGUGAAGAAAGUUUCAGUCAUACGCAAUCUUUGUCAGAAGGUGGGAGUUACAGUUGCAGCUCGCAAAUAUGAUCUUAAUGCUGCAGCACCUUUCCAAAUGACGGAUAUUUUGGACCUCCAACCUGUGGUGAAGCACUCAGUUCCAGUAUGUUCAGAAGCUAAGGAUCUUGUGGAAACAGGAAAAAUUCAAUUGGCAGAGGGAAUGCUUAGUGAAGCAUAUACAUUAUUCUCCGAAGCAUUUUCUAUUCUUCAACAGGUGACUGGUCCAAUGCAUCGGGAGGUUGCCAACUGUUGUAGGUACCUUGCCAUGGUUUUAUAUCAUGCUGGAGAUAUGGCUGGAGCAAUAAUACAACAGCACAAGGAAUUAAUCAUAAAUGAACGUUGCCUGGGAUUAGAUCAUCCUGAUACUGCUCACAGCUAUGGCAAUAUGGCGCUCUUCUACCAUGGACUUAACCAGACAGAACUGGCACUGCGGCACAUGUCUCGUGCACUGCUCUUACUGAGUUUGUCAUCCGGCCCAGAUCAUCCAGAUGUAGCUGCCACUUUUAUAAAUGUUGCAAUGAUGUACCAGGAUAUUGGAAAGAUGAAUACAGCUCUUCGCUAUCUGCAAGAGGCUCUGAAAAAGAACGAGAGGCUUUUAGGAGAGGAACACAUCCAAACGGCUGUAUGCUAUCAUGCUCUUGCCAUUGCAUUCAAUUGUAUGGGUGCAUUCAAGCUCUCACAUCAGCAUGAGAAGAAAACUUAUCAUAUACUUGUCAAGCAACUUGGUGAGGAGGACUCGAGGACACGAGACUCCCAGAACUGGAUGAAGACAUUUAAGAUGCGUGAACUUCAGAUGAAUGCGCAGAAGCAGAAAGGCCAGGCUCUAAAUGCAGCUUCUGCUCAGAAGGCAAUUGAUAUCUUGAAGGCCCAUCCUGACCUCAUACAGGCAUUCCAAGCUGCUGCUGCGACUGGAGGUUCUGGGAGUUCUAGUGCUUCCAUCAACAAAUCACUUAAUGCAGCAAUAAUUGGUGAGACUCUUCCACGCGGCAGAGGAGUAGAUGAAAGGGCUGCUCGCGCAGCAGCAGAAGUUAGGAAGAAAGCAGCAGCUAGGGGCCUCUUGAUUCGGCCACAUGGUGUUCCUGUCCAAGCUUUGCCACCUCUGACUCAGCUUCUCAACAUUAUUAAUUCAGGGAUGACCCCUGAUGCAGUUGACAAUGAGGAACCAAAUGGUGCGAAGAAAGAAGCCAAUGGCCAGCCUACUGAUGGGCCAGCAGAUUCCAACAAAGACCAAAUACCAGCACAAGAAGAUCCUGCUCCUGUCGGUUUGGGUAAGGGGUUAACAUCAUUGGAUAACAAGAAACAAAAAACAAAACCAAAAUCUGUGGCUUGAAGUUUUGAGGCAGCAUGGCAUGAAUUUUGCACGAAGAUAGCAGUUCAUAAAUCAGUACGAGUGAUAAAGCACCCGUCUAAUACUCUGGAGUUGAAGGAGAUACAAUUUGUAUUCCAUUUUUUUCCCAAUAAUCAAGCUCGUAGGUUCAACGAGCAUCCAGUGUCUACCAUGAACUGCCGAGCAAUAUAGUCUUGUUAGGUGCAGAAUACAAAAUGACAAAUAAGUUGUCAUUAGAUUAGUAUUCUAAUUGUUUGAUUAUUUGUCUUUUUCUUCAGAAAGUCAUCUUAUCCUUUCACUUAUUCACUGUUUGAAGUUAGGCAACCUUAUGAUGGCUUUUACUUCUGACCUCGGGUUUGCCCUCCCAUGGUCACUGAUUUUGGAUGGUAAUGAGAUUACAAAUAGCAUGUUGUUUGAAGCUCUUGAAUGGAAUGUAACAGGAAAUCCUUAUUUCUUUU